UUACAAAUAUAAUAAGUUUACAGUAUAAUAUAAUUCUUAAUGAAAUACUACAUUUACGAAAAUGAUUAUUGGACUUUUAUUGCAAAUGCCAAUUUCUAGUUCUGUGAAAUGCAUAUUAAUAAAUAUAAUCUUUUGAAAAUGAUAAUUCGAAAUAAAACUUUGAUUAAAUUAUUUUUUUUAUUAGUUUUUUGUAUUACAAUUCUAUAUGUUAGUAAGUUUAGUGUUAACAAUAGUUAUGAAUUUGUGAAAGGUAAAGAUCUGUUACAACAAGCGAUCGAAGCUGCUCGAUUGGGUGGUGUUCAAGUAGCUUCUAUUCAUAAUGAACAUCUGGUUAGUGCCAAAUCCAAAGGAAAAACCGCUGAAGGUGCAAAUGAUCCGGUUACUAAUGCUGAUUACACCUCUCAUUGUGCUAUGUAUUAUUCGCUGAAAAAAAAUUUACCAAAUGUAAAAGUUAUAUCAGAAGAAGAAUUAUCUGAAAAAGACUGUAAUAAGUUAAAUAUUAGAGAAUUAAAAGAUUAUAAAAAUGAACUUGUAAUACACAAUGAAGAAGAAUUUGAAAGGAAAUAUUUAACUAUAUGGAUAGAUCCACUAGAUGCAACACAAGAAUUCACUGAAAGUUUGACACAGUAUGUAACUACUAUGGUUUGUGUUGCGUACAAAGGUAAACCUAUUAUGGGUGUUAUACAUGAACCAUUUACAUCUAAAACAACAUGGGCUUGGUCUUCCAAAUCAAGAUCAGAUAAUUUCAACAAUAUCAAAAUUUCGAAAAAAAGAUCAAUUAUAGUAUCAAGAUCACAUAAAGGAGACAUAAUGAGUUUAUUGGAUCGACGUUUAUAUGGUAUACCAGUUGUUACUGCUGGAGGUGCAGGGUUCAAAGUUUUACAAGUUUUAUUUGGGAAUUCAUCUGCUUAUAUACACACAACCAACAUUAAAAAAUGGGAUAUAUGUGCUGGACAUGCAUUAUUAAAGAGUAUAGGAGGUGAUAUUACAUCCCUAGAAAACAAAGAUAUUACAUAUGAAAAAUAUACAAGUAUGAUACAUGUUGGAGGAAUACUUGCUACUGCCCGUGACCAUCUAUAUUUUAUUAAUUCCCUAAAAAACGUACGAGGUGUUUGAAGGCUUUUAAUAUUAGAUAUUAUUCAAAUGAAAAAUUGUUAAUGUGUUUCUUACUUAUGUAAGCACUUUCAACUUAAUAGAAAAUAAUAAUAAAUUUGGUGGAGUUAAAUUUGUGAAGUUUACAACAAUUCACUUUUAUGCUCAAUGUAAAAUAAUUAUUUUAUUAUAUGUUUUGUGAUUUAUUUAG